AUGUCUGGAUUAAAUCCUUUCCGCCAUAAGAAAGCUGCUUCGACCGCCGGAGCCUUCACAGCGGCCAGAGAGCCUCCGUCCCUCCCCACGUCAGAGCCAGGCAGCAGACCUCGCGGCCAGGAAGAACAGCACCAGGCCUGGCAGGGCGACGGACGGCCAGGGACAGCGGAUGAAUGGCUUGCAGGCAUAGAUACAGCUGCUGCGAGACAGAAGGAGAACUGCAGACAGCAGCAAGAUGGAGGACGGGAGCUGUUUGAGAGGGUGAUGGAGGUUGAAGGGUAUUCGUCCCGUCCCGUCCCCAAUUCGAAGACAGUCCGCAUCGCCUCUCCGCCUGCGAAACAGAUACCUUCCCCAGACGAGGGCAGUGAUGACGCAGAAGAAGAGUUAGGCCCUACGAUGUCUGAGUAUACGGCUACAAGGUCGAUAGAGCGACAGUCAUCUACGUAUCGUGCUUCAACACCUGUCGUGGAGCUGACGGAGGACCCUUUCAAUGCUGCCACCGGUAGCUCCGGCAGCUCCGACGACGAUGACGACGAGGAUGAGGACGAGGAUGCUAUCGAGCACUCGAGAAUACGGAAUCAGGAAGGCUUAGGCCUGGGGUUAGGUCCUGUUGCGGAUGUGCCGUCUCUACGGAGGGUGUCGUACCAAGGAGACCUUAGAAGCAGAGACAAAGAACAAGAACGGAGGACAAAGAGAGCAACGAUGGAUGUCGAUGCGUUUAAGCGGCUGCUACUUACGGGCAACCCGGGGACAGACGGUACCGACGACAACAAAGGCCCAUCAAGCAGAGAGACAGUCGCCACCGAGCAGGACAAACACAGAGAGCAAAGCCAGAGCCAGCAACAGCCUGAGAAACGAACGCAAAAGCUACCUCCGCCUCCCCCAAAAUCCCGUAGAGGCAAGGCCAUUCCUCGCAGCACGGAGUCUACUACCGAGACACCACAUAAUACAACAAGCCAUACCAAAUCACCUGCCUCUUCCAUACAUGGAGCUCCGCCUCCUUCUCCUCUCCCACGGCGUCAGGCUGCACGUUCAGAACCGUCCCUUCCCGCCAACACACAACAUAAGAGACCACCAACGCCUCCUCUAGCACGCCGGCACAGCCAGAUGAAACGAAGCAGUGCUAGCGCUACUACCUCGAGGCUAUCCCUCCCUCCCAACUCCACCAACCCGCUGAACAGGCCCGCUUCCUUGAACAGUGCUACUAACCCCAAGACGCCUCCUCCUCCACCGUCCAGAAGGGCUGGAAGCGGCAACCAUACUGAUCACGGAUCAACGGCGUCUUCUAUAGCAGACACUGCCUCAAUUGAUACCUCGAUACAACAUCAUCACAAAGAGGAAUCAGAAGCCUCUCCACGACAUAACUCUCACCUCCACCCUCCAAGCCACAGUCAUAACACGCCAGUAUCAGCAUCCUCAAGACCGCAGCCGCCUCCUCCACGCCGAACUACCGGCUCAAGUAGCUCAGCCCACUCGACGGAUAUAAACUCCACCUCCACUCGGCGUCCACCAUCCAUAUCAACAGAGAAGGAUAGUCACCACCUUCCACCGCCUCCACCUCCAUUACGCAAAAGUAGUAGAAGCAGCAAUAUUGCUGAACCCGACGUCUCCGCUCCUUCUAAUGCAAAUGAUAUCCUAGCAGACCUUUCCCGGCUUCAACAGGAACUUGACGAGUUUCGUGGCCAGUACGGAGACGGAGAAGUGGCCCGUAAUAGAAACAAAUGA